AUGGCAACUCAAACAAUGGGAUCUCAUGGGGGCCGUAGUAGCAGUAUUAGGGGAGAUCCGACCCAAAUGCGAAAUCAAAGUCAGGACCCGAAAUCGAUACCACUGGAUAGGCAGGGGUCCUUGUACAACCUUACUUUUGAUGAGGUGCAGAAUCAAUUAGGGGAUUUAGGGAAACCAUUAAGUAGCAUGAAUCUAGAUGAGCUUCUCAAGACUGUUAAUCAAGCUGCGGGAAGUGUUGAUUACACGUCUGCUGCACAAGGUCCCUCCCAAUCCACUUCUGGCUCCUCUUUGAAUAGACAGUCGAGCCUGACACUGUCUAGGGAUUUGAGCAAGAAGACUGUUGAUGAGGUAUGGCACGAUAUUCAGCAGGGGCAGAAGAGGAACAAUCUUGACAGAAAAACCACUCUUGGUGAAAUGACGCUGGAGGACUUCUUGGUGAAGGCAGGGGUGGUUGCUGAGUCAUCUCCAAUGGAGAAAGGUUCAGGCUUAGUUUUAGGGGUUACAGAUCCGAUGGAUCUACCACAGCAAGCUCAGUGGAUGUCAUAUCAGUUCCCUUUAAUUAACCCACAGCAGCCGCAACAGCAACAGCAACAGAACAUGCUGCCAUUUUUUGUGCCUGGCCAAUCAGUUCAACAGUCUAUUCCCAUUGGUGGAGAUCUGAUGAUAGAUGAAGCGUAUGCUGAAACCCAAAUGACAAUGUCUACAUCUCCUUUGAUGGGGGGCACUUCGUCAGAUACACAGACACCUGGGAGAAAGAGACGUGCUCCUGAUGGAGUGACUGAAAGGACUGUUGAAAGGAGGCAAAAGAGAAUGAUUAAGAACCGGGAGUCUGCAGCACGAUCAAGAGCAAGGAAGCAGGCUUACACUCAUGAGCUGGAGAACAAGGUUUCACGUCUGGAGGAGGAGAACGAGAGGCUUAGGAGACAAAAGGAACUGGAGGUGUUGCCUAGUAUACCACCACCAGAGAAGAAGUAUCAACUCCGUCGAACAAGCUCAGCCCCAAUAUGA